AAAAAAGCAGUUGCAUUCUUAAAGCAACUUUCAACAAUCUAUAAGAAACAACCUCUCUGCCUCCAAGGUAGGGGUAAGGUCUACAUACACUCAACCCUCCCGGAUCCCACUUUUUGUGAUUUACACUGGGUGAUUUUGUUGUUGUUGGUAUUGAUUUGACUUCUCUUUUUGUACUGCUUUGGACUCUUGACCCGAGGAUCUAUCAUAAACAACCUUUCUACCUCCAAGGUAGAGUUGACAUGACUAAAGGAAGCAUGGAAGAUAAUGUAGUUCUGUCCCACGUGAAUCUGAGUAAUGGUGAUAAGAUGUUGGCACCAAAUUCCAAUGGGAUUUUACAGGGCAGGAACAGUUUGGAGAGUGAGCUCGAGUCAAUACUUAUGAGGCAGCAGCAACAGCAACAUAAUCGCGAUUUAGUUGGUGAACGGGGGAGGGAUUUGAAUAUAUCGAGGAGUGGUAGUGCUCCGCCUACUGUCGAAGGAUCGUUGAGUGCUGUUGGAAGUAUGUUUAGGAAUUCCAAUUUAGCACAAUCUAAUGGUAAUCACAGCAGCAAUGGUGGUGUUGGUAAUUCUAGCAGUGACAGUUUGACAGAAGAACAAAUUCGAUCACACCCCGCGUACUUAGCAUACUAUUAUUCAAAUGUCAAUCUUAAUCCAAGAUUGCCCCCACCGUUGUUGUCUCGAGAGGAUUGGAGAAUUGCUCAGAGGGUUCAGGCAGGAGGAUGUGCAUUUAUGAGCAAGAAUUUGAUGGAACAAGGUGGUGGUUCUUCGUUGUUCGCGAUGCAGCCCGGUUUCCCUAUACAGAGGGCAGAAGAUGAAUUGAUAAAGCUGAGGAAGACUGCAGCGAGGAAUCUUUCACGAGGAACAUUGGAAUCGGGCAAUGGAAUUGGUGUGAGGAAAAAGAGUUUCGCGGACAUAGUUCAGGAAGGACGUGACCAAUCUGGACGCUCAUCUCCUGACAUUUCACACUCAGAAAGCAUUGAACACACAAUGGCAUCACAUAAUGGAAAUGCUCCCCCGGGCUUUUCUGGAUUGGAAAAGAGUCAGAAUCCUAGUCCGCAUCAUCCUGAUUCUUCUGCAUCUGCUAUCAGUUCAUCAAUGAGAAGGAGUGGAACACCUGAGCCUCGUUCGUUUACAAGAUCACCUAGUCCCAAGAUUUCAAUUGACAUAACUAGCUCAAAAGGCCUCAACGGUGUUUCCUCUGGGAUGACUGACAUAUCUGAUCUUACUACCUCGUUAUCUCGCCUGCAACAUGAUGAUAAUAUGCAGCAGACUUGGCUUCAAAAUAGAGUAUCAAAUGGUUACAGGCAGGGUGUGCAGCAACAAUUAAUUGCUUCCGAUUUUGCUGACCAUAAUUCCAACUUCUACCAGUCAAAUCCUAAAUUUAGGAGUCAAAACUCUAGAGUCCAACACCAUGUCAAUAACAAUCACGUUGUUGAUUCUACGGGAUAUUUACCGGGUGGAUACAAAUACAAUCCGAAGAUGAACAUGGCGUUGAACAACCAUCAUGGUUCUCAUUUAAAUGGUGUCAGUGGGAAUGGACACCAUUAUGCUACUGUUUGUAUAGACAAUUCAUCUAAAGGAAGAAAUUUGUUUGGAACUUCUCAUGGCAAUACAGACGUAAAAGUUCUUGGAACAAUGUAUGCUGAGGCAUCACUCCCGCAACAGAAGCAACAAUAUUGCUCGUCCUUAAUGCAUAAUUCUUGCAGUUUAACAGAUCGGUAUCAUGUGAUUCAUGCACUUGGCUCAGGUCAAGAGAACAAAAUAGCAAAUUCAUUGUAUGUGACAGUAGGAUCUAGAAGUCCUAUGUUUCAGAGUGAUCCUCUCCCACAGGUUUCUCCCGUCUUGAGAAAUUCUACCGAUGAAUCUAGAAGUUCAUGGCAAUUGGAGAACGUUGCUGAUGGAAGUGCUGCAUCAUCUCUGCUGGAAAAUCUCAAGAACAACCCCAGGUCGUUAGACCUUUUGGAUGUUCUCAAUCAUGUUGAAGAAUUCAGUAUGGAUCAGUAUGGGAGUCGAUUUAUUCAAAAGAAGCUGGAAACUGCCACUGUCGAAGAAAAGAUGAAGAUAUUCCCCGAAAUUCUACCUCAUGCUCAUAGUUUAAUGACCGAUGUCUUUGGAAAUUAUGUCAUACAAAAAUUCCUUGAGCAUGGUACAGACAGACAAAGGAAGGAACUAGCAAGGCAGCUUAUCGGACAUGUUUUACCUCUGAGUCUUCAAAUGUAUGGUUGCAGAGUUAUUCAGAAGGCUCUGGAGGUCUUUGAUGUGGAACUGCAGAAGCAAAUGGUUAUAGAACUAGAUGGCUAUGUGAUUAAAUGUGUUCGUGAUCAGAACGGUAAUCAUGUUAUUCAGAAGUGCAUAGAGUAUGUGCCUCAAGAUCAAAUUCACUUUAUUAUAGCUUCCUUCUUCGGGCAUGUUGUAUCUCUAUCAACACAUCCUUAUGGCUGCCGUGUCAUUCAGAGAGUCCUUGAGCACUGCAACAACCCGGAGACACAAAAGAUCAUCAUGGAUGAAAUAAUGCAGGCUGCUGGUACCCUAGUGCUGGAUCAGUACGGAAACUAUGUCAUUCAGCAUGUACUGAAACAUGGUAAACCACAUGAGAGGUCUGAGAUAAUAGGCAAGCUUACUGGACAAAUUGUGAAGAUGAGUCAGCACAAGUACGCUUCUAAUGUCGUUGAGAAGUGCUUGAUUUUUGCAACUCCAAAAGAGCGUCAAGUUCUGGUGAAUGAGAUGCUUGGUUCGACACCAGAAAAUGAGCCUCUACAGGCCAUGAUGAAGGAUCCAUUUGGUAACUAUGUAGUGCAAAAGGUUCUUGAGACAUGUGAUGAUCAAAGUCGUGAACUAAUUCUUUCGCGCAUUAGAAUACACCUUACUGCCCUCAAGAAAUACACUUAUGGAAAACACAUUGUAUCGCGUGUUGAAAAGCUCAUCGCGACAGGAGAGAAACACGUGGCUUUAUCGUUGAAUUCUUCUCGAGGCAAUCCAGUUUUGAAGAACUGAAGAGAUUUUUUGUGUACAGCUUAUAAAUAACUGUAAAUAAGAAGCAAUCCAGUUUUGCUUCUGCCUAAAUAAUUGUAAAUGAAAACCUGUAAUUAUUUUUUCACUAUGAGGAUAGAGAAAUGAGGCAACUUAUUAUUUGCUAUUACAUGUUUUUUUUGAACUAUUGUAAAUAAGCUGAUACUUCUUGAGCAUAAAAAAAAUUGAGGAUACUUAACAUAUGAUUUUUUUGUAUAAUCAUCUGGUAUUCGGGAUUUAUAGGCUCGAUUAGUCUGAAGUCGUGUCUAGUAAGGCGUUGUAGAGGAGAAUACGCUCCCUACCAGAGAUUUUUCUAUUUUCAGAACUCGAACCCGAAAGUCGAGACCUCUGAUGAUGUAUGUUAUGUUAUCAUUUAACCAUGAGAAAAAUAACUGCACCUACAAGUGACUAUUUGUA